AUGCCGCCUACACGUUCUACCUACAAAGAGAGUCGGAAGUACAGCGAAGGAACGCUGCCACUCUCCGAAGCACCAACCGCAACCAAUUCCAUGCGGGACGAAUCACCACACUCCAGUCUCGACACCCUUGACGAGCCUAACUGGCCGCAAUCAUGGCGUGCCUACGCAUGCUUGCUGGGCUGCUUCUUCCUCAUGUUCAACUCGUGGGGACUCGUCAACGCCUACGGCACCUGGUCUUCGUACUACGUUGGCCACUCACUUCGAGGUGUUGAUCAACUCGAACUGAAUCUGAUCGGUUCGACACAGUCUUUCAUUGUGCUUCUGCUCUCGAAUGUCGUUGGACGACUCUUGGAUGCAGGACACUCUCGCAAAGUGAUCGGCUGUGGCACUUUCCUUGUACCCUUUGGUCUUUUCAUGCUCUCUGUUGCACAUCCCAGCGACGUUGAGGCUCUUGGAAGCUUCGGCCCAAUCUGGGCAACUCAGGGCCUCGUAGUGGGUCUGGGUAUGGGUACCUUCUUCGUUUCCAGCUCUCAAGUUGCUUCAACUUGGUUUCCAAAGCGCAGGGGUCUUGCUGUAGGCUAUGUCGCUUGCGGUGCCAGUGUAGCAGGCGUGAUCUACCCCAGCAUGCUCCGCUAUCUGAUCCAAUCGGUUGGCUUCAACAACGCUGUGCGCUAUGUUGCGACUCUCACCUCGGUGACGUGCAUCUACUCCUUCAUCUUCUGCACACCAGACCCUGCCCACGAGCACCAUGAGCCAAAGAGCUGGGGCAAGCUCAGGACUUGGUUCGAUACUGAAGCCUUCAAGAACAAGGCCUGGUGCUGGUUCACAGCUGCCGUUGCGUUCAUGUUCUUUGGCUUCUACCCGGUCUUCUUCAACCUUGAAGAGUGGGCAUCAGUGCGUGGCUUUGGCACUCGCGAUCGGACUGGCUCAGCAGCGAGCCCGGGUGAAACGAACGACAAACCACUCCAAACCUUCUGGCUCCUAGUCAUCAUGAACGGAGCCUCAACUGUCGGACGGAUGCUCCUUGCGCACUUCUCGGACAAGGUCGGGGCCCUCAACAUGCAUAUCGGCUCUCAGUUCACCGCGUCAAUGCUCACACUGAUCCUCUGGACAUUGGCUGGAUCAGAGGCUGAUGCAAUCGCUUUCUGCGUAGUGUUCGGUAUCUUCUCUGGUAUGGUCAUUGGUCUCCCUCCCGCGUCCAUUGGCAACAUUCUUCAAUGCUCCUACACCGCGCCAGGCACGAGACACUUCGCAAAGAAGAAGCUUGGCCACUGGACUGGUAUGAUGUACACAUUCGCUGCCAUCCCUGCCCUCACAGGCCCUGUCAUUGCCGGCCAUCUCAUUACACAGUACAACACCUACAUCACUGUUCAGAUGUGGUCCGGUGCUAACCUGAUGCUCUCGUGUAUCUGCAUGGGCGUCUCGCGAUGGUACCUGCCGUGCGAUAACGGCGAGCAUGCGAAGGAGGCAAUCGUGCGCAGGCUGAGCAAGGCCGAGACAUCCGAGAAGCGUAGGGCCAGUGAACCCAACUCGUCACCUGACCCACUAUCACAAGCCCCCACUCGGGUGCCCUCACCGCGUGCGUCUUCUGACGACAUCAGCGACGCCGGCCGGAUGGUUUAA